GGGGCUGCAGAGAAGAGACUGGCUGCAGGGUGAAAGGCUCCCUACCCCGGGGUGAUUGAGAUAAUUUGGAAUCCGCACAGAGCCUUGGAGGACUGACUGGGUCAGAAUAUGAGCCCUUGGGGGAUCCAGGUGAGGGUGUUGUGAGGGGAGUGGUGCUCCAUUCCUCACUCCCCAGUCUGUCUCUCUCCCCAGUCUCCCUCCCUCUCUCUGUGCCUGGAUCCGGGACUACAGCUUCUCUCUCUCACUGCUCGGCUCUAACUCACUGAAACUUACCCCCUCCUCCUCCUCCUCCCCCCCUCCCUCCCCUCCCUCCCCCACCCACACCCUCCCCACCUCUCCCUCCGAAGAGAAAUUGCUGGCAGAUCCACUCCGAGAUCCCAUCAGUAAAGUCCAGCUCCGCUCGCCCCGGGAGCCCCACAGAAGCCAGCUCACCGCCAGCUGAUCCACUGCACGGCUAGCAUCCCGCGCAGGGCCGAGUGGACGCCGGCAGCUCGCCCGGGAAGGGUGGGCGACCGACUGCCGGAGCAUGGAGUCGCUGUCCCGGGUACAACUCGCUCUUUUCUUGUUCCUACUGUGUCCUGCCAACAUCAUUAGCCUCUGGUGGGCAGUGGGAAGUCCCCUGGUGAUGGACCCGAACAGUAUCUGCCGGAAAACCAAGCGGCUGGCGGGGAAGCAGGCUCAGCUGUGUCAGACUGAGCCGGAGAUCGUGAGUGAGGUGGCGAAAGGAGCCAGGCUGGGGGUGCGGGAGUGCCAGUUCCAGUUCCGAAACCGAAGGUGGAACUGUACCAUCCACAACAAGUACUUCCGGAAAAUCCUGCAGCAAGACAUCCGGGAGACGGCCUUUGUCUACGCCAUCACCUCGGCGGGUGUGACACACACCGUGACCCAGGCCUGUAGCAUGGGCGAGCUGCUACAGUGCGGCUGUGACAGGUCCCGCAACCACUCUCCUCCGCUGCCGGGCGCGGGCACCAGGAUGGAGGGCACCGCCUGGGAGUGGGGAGGCUGCGGCGAUGACGUGGACUUCGGCUACGAGAAGUCCAAGCAGUUCAUGGAUGCCAGGCGGAAGAAGGGCAAGAGCGACAUAAGGACGCUGGUGGACCUGCACAACAACGAGGCUGGAAGGCUGGCCGUGAAGAAUUACAUGAGAACUGAGUGCAAAUGCCACGGCCUCUCGGGUUCCUGCACCCUCCGGACGUGUUGGAAGAAAAUGCCCAAUCUUCGCGAAGUGGGCACCAGGCUCCUGGACCGCUUCAACGGUGCCUUCAAAGUGAUGGGAGGCAACAACGGCAAGAGCCUGAUCCCAGUCGGCCAGAACAUCAAGCCCCCCGACAAGCACGAUCUGGUCUACUCCGCCAACUCCCCCGACUUCUGCCUCCCCAACCGCAAGACUGGCUCACCAGGCACCCGGGGCAGGACCUGCAACAGCACGGCGCUGGACGUGAGCGGUUGUGACCUGCUCUGCUGUGGCAGGGGUUACCGGGAGCAGACGGUGGUGGUGGAGGAGAACUGCCUCUGCCGCUUCCACUGGUGCUGUGUGGUCCAAUGCAAGAAAUGCACCAUCCGCAGCCAGCUGAGUCUCUGCUUGUGACUGACCAGGCCCUGUGUUUGGACAGGGGCUGGGGCGUGGGGGGGCACGGCGAUGCAGUUGCCGAAAACCCCCUUUGGCGACCUGCACCUAGAAGACUUUAACCACGAGCCUUAACCCCUGCUCGGCUUCUUCCCUGCCAGGUGGAGGCUACAGGAAAGCCAGUCCCACACACCUAGUUUACUACAACUGAGGCAAGACAUGGAGGAGAUCUUACCAAAGGAGUGGCCUGAGAACUCAAAGCUUGCUGCAAUUCUAUAACUGCAGUGAUGAGCAAACAACCUCAUUUCGAACUGGUGCGGGUGACGGAGGUGUGGGUUUUAAAUAAAUGUGUUGGGGUGGGGGGAGGGAAGGCAUGAGAAGCUUUUGAGAAAGUGGACCCCCUGCGUCCCUUGUUCUCCCACUGACUGAACAGCCUAAACAUUAACUUGUGAUCUCAAAGGCAAGAGGAGCGAUGAAAUCUGUCAUAAUAAGACCAAAAAGACAAAAGGCACAAGUGAUAUGCACAACACAUCCAUUUGAUAAGAAGCCCAAAACAUUUGCUUUUCUUUCUUGUGUGUGUGUGUGUGUGUGUGUGUGUGUGUGUGUGUGUGUUUCCGUGUGCGUGUGUGUGUGAGAAAGAGUAGGUUGUGUGCUUGCGCGCUCGCGUGUAUGUGUGAGAGUAGGUGUGUGCUUGUGAGUGCAUGUGUGUGUGUGUCUGCAUUUAUAUGUAUGUCUGUGUAUAGUUGUACAUGAGUGUGGGGCAAGUGUGUGUUUGAGUUUAUGCACAUGAGUGUGCAGGGCUGUGUGUGUCAGAGUGCACGUGAGUGAGUUACUGUGCCUGUAUGUGUAUAUCAUGUGCAUCGUUGCAUGUGGCAAGCUUUUGUGAUUGUGUGCACAUAUGCAUCAUGUGUGUUUGUGCAUCAUGCAUGUGUGUGUGGUUGUGACGGCAUGGAUGUGUACACUGUUCUUGUCUGUCAGACAUGUCAGUAAGUAUGUGCACGUAUAUCUGCGUGUGGAUCAUGUGUUUGCAUGUGUGUCAUAUAUUUGUGAUUUCAUGCGUGUAUCAUAUAAUUUGUGUGUGUCUGCACCAUGUAUUUGUGUUUGCAUCACAUGUGCAGACCUGGUCAAUAUGUCUACAUGUGUGUGAAGCUGCAUGUGCCAUGUUGUUGGCUAUGCUGUAUGUGUUUGUGGGAUGGAGGGAGGAGAAAGGGUGGGGUUGCGGAUAGAAAUUGCCUGUGACAGCCUGCAAAAGAGGUUGGUGAGGACACAUUUUCCUUUGAAAAGACAGUUUCUGAGACACUUCUGUUUUACCAAGUCAAAUCACAGCUACGGACCGAAAUCUGUAUUCCAUCCAUGGCAACUCUCCAACUGCAUCUUAAUCCCAGACCAAUUCCUUUUUAUUUUCAUGCCUGUAGUUUCUCUCUGUAAUAUGUUCUAUGUAUAACAUGUCAUU